UAAGCUCCUAUAUCUUAACCAUGCUCGACAAUUGGAAGCAAUCAUUCACAUUAUAUGAGCUCGGCAUAGUCAGCUCUGUCGCUUUGAUUUCCGGCUAUUUUCUCGGGAAAGCUUACAAACUGAGAAUCCAGGCACCGCAGGAAUUGAAAGAAGAGUCAGAAGACGAGGAAGAGUUUUCAAAUGAAUCUGGAUCAAUCGACGCUUCUCAAUUCAACAACUUUAAGCUCGUGCUUGUCGUCCGCACUGAUCUCGGAAUGACCAAGGGCAAGAUUGCAGCUCAGUGUGGACAUGCCACGCUAGCUUGUUACAAGUCAACCAUGCGCACUAACCCUUCAAUGAUUCAUCGCUGGGAGCACACUGGACAGGCAAAGGUUGCACUUCGAUGUGACAGUGAGGAGCAAAUGCUUGAGCUGCAGGCUUUAGCUGCAAGCAUUGGACUCACUGCUCGUAGUAUUCAAGAUGCUGGUCGUACUCAAAUCGAAGCCGGAUCAAGAACUGUUUUAGGCAUUGGCCCGGGACCCGUCGAUAUGGUUAAUCAAAUAACAGGACACUUGAAGCUUCUUUGAUGUCGAAUUUAGAAUUUUAGAUUAGGCACGACGAGUACUAGACUGUGGAUAAAUUCCAAUGAAGAGUGGUCAUCCACUGCAAAAAUUGUUAAUAUAAUUCUUUUUCAUAAACCAAAUAUACUUCACAAUGCUUAAGGUUCAUUGAGCCGAUGCGUUCAUGUAAUCACUAGGAUAAA